AAAACAGUCACGAAGCACUUUUGCCAAGUCUACCGCUUUGUGGAAUAAACAAGGUCGCUCAACUAAGUCAGCUGAUUUAUUUAAACAAAAUCUUGGUGUUUAUUUAAUUACACUUAACGAGACACGUUGGUAUUCACUGUAUGAUGCAGUGGUGCUGCUUAAUAAAUAAAUUAAAAAUAAUGAACUUAAGUUUAGAAUAAUAAUGGACAAAUUGGCUAUUGACAGAUUCAAUAGAAGUGAUAUUUAUUUCAUGUGUCAAUAUCAAACAAUUAUGGGGCCAAUUUCAAUAAGCUUGAAUUUAAUCCAGGGUGAUACUAAAAUGUACUUUAGUCAUCUCCUACCUACAAUUGAAGUAUUAAUUUAUAAAUAUGAAUUAGUGACAAGUGAUCAAACAGUUUCUAAUUAUUUGAAAACUCUGGUGACUGCCAUACUUAAUGGUAUGAAAACAAGGUUUGCCAAUUAUUUGAUAGACAAAUUUUUAAUUACUGCUGCAGUCUGCCACCCACUAUUUAAAAAAGCAUGGAUUACAAAUGAUAUAAAAAAGCAAUUGGCCUCAGAAUAUUUAAAAAGUGCCUGUUAUGACUUGCAUACCAGUGAUAAUGACAAUAAUGAUGUAGAAGGUAACCAAGUGAAAGAUAAUUUAUCUACCUUUUUUACCAAGUCACAAAAUUCCCGAGAGGAAAAAUCAACAGUUAGUGAUGAAAUAGAUAGAUAUUUGGGCACAUCUCCAACAAAGACUUUAGAAUGUUUGCAUAAUUUACCCACUAUCAAAAAAGUAUUUGUAAAGUACAACACUCCACUACCUAGCAGUGAAUCAGUAAAUAGAGUGUUUAGUGUUGGUGAUGCAAUAAUUACAAAAAAAAGAACAAAUAUGACGAAUCAGCAUUUUGAACAAAUAAUUCACUCAAAAAGUGUUUUUUUAUAA